AUGGAGUCAGACCCGGCGGCAUUGGGUGAGCUCCCAAUGGAGCCGUUAGGAAGCCGGCUCCCGGGGCAGAAGCAGCCGCAAGUCCCUGCGGAGGAGACGCGAUGGCCUGAGAGUCCCGAAAACAGCCCAAGUCUGGCCCGGGCCGUGAAGGAGGGGGCGGACGCGGGCCGGGACCUCUCGGACGAGAAGCAGCAGCCCCCGCCACUCCUCGCGCUCCAGCGGGUGCCGCCACUCAGCCUGGGCUACGGCGCCUUCCGCCGCCAGGGCUCCACCAGCCCCGAGCAGCCGUCGCCGGGCCCCGUCGCGGCCGAGCAGCCCCGCAACGGCGAGGCGUCGGGGGCCGAGCUGGUGCCCUCGGCAACGUCCGGAGAGUCGGCGUCCGGCACCUGGGCGCCCAUGGAACUGCAGGUGGAUGUGCGUGUGAAGCCCGUGGGCGCGGCCGGCGGCAGCCGCUCGCCCUCGCCCGCGCCCUCCACGCGCUUCCUCACGUUGCGGGUGCCUGAGUCCCCAGCCUUCUCCCGUCACGCCUCGUCGUCUCACCCGCUCCUGCCGCGGACCCCGUCCCCGGGCAGCACGUGGGUGCGCGGCGCGCCCUACGCCGCCGCCUGGGCCGAGCGCAGCCGCGAUGCCGAGGGCGGGGUUGACCCCGCGGAGGGGCUUGCGGGUCCCGGAGAGCCCCCCGCGGGCCGCUGCCGCUGCCGGGAGUUGGGGCCGGAGAAGGAGGGCUCUGCGCUGCUGCCCCGCGCGGAGACCGACGGUGAGAGGAAACUGUCCCGGGCGAUAACGCUCAUAGGACUGCCCUUAUACAUGAAAUCCCUGCGCUGGGCCCUGGCAGUUAUGGCGGUGCUCCUGGCGGUGUCCGCGGUCACCAUUGUGGUCCUCGCUUCUAGAGUAGGGGCCAGCUGCCGGCCAUGCCCCCAGGGCUGGAUGUGGUCUGAGGAACACUGUUACUACUUUGCUGUGGACGCUCAGACCUGGGAGGCUAGCCAGGCUUUCUGUUCAGCCCACCAUGCUACCUUGCCCCUGCUGAGCCACAUCCAGGACUUCCUGAGCCAGAACCAAGUCACCAAGUACACCUGGGUGGGGGCCCGGCGAAGCCCCCAGGGCUGGCACUGGAUCGACGGGGCCCCUCUGCCACCCCAGCUACUCCCAGAGGAAGACAAGGACAACUCAGACCCGAACUGUGGGAGCCUGGAGGAAGGCAAGCUGGUGGCUUUGGACUGUACCUCUCCAAGACCCUGGCUCUGUGCCAAGGGGGCCAAGUGAUUCAGGUUCUACCUGCCCUGAGCCUGUUGGGGAGUGUACACCCCACCACAGGGGAGGCCAUGUUGAGAGCCCGGGCAGCAGCUUCCCCGAAUGCAGGCUUCUGGGACUGCUUCCUGUGUACUCAAGGGGGCCUGCCUGGGUGAACCCAGGGAGCUGGGCUUCUGCUACGAGAAGGUUACAUCUGAGGGAAAGGAGAUGUUCUGUGGCCUCCAGUCUGAGCACCAAUUUUAGUGUCCAGUCUCUGGUUUGUUCAGUGAAUUUGAGGUGGGCUUUUUUUUUCUUUUUUCUUUUCUUUUAAAGCAUUUGCAAGUUUUGGUGUCUCCUCCAUUCUCUCCCUUAGCCGCUAAAAUGACGCACACACACACACACACACACACACACACCCUUUAAAUCAUAAAGGAAAAGAAAGGAUUAAUGAUCACAGUAGUUGAUUCCAAUCUGUGUUCAUUAGCUCUCACUGAAAUGAGUCUUCCAUUGUUUUGUUGCAAUGGGAUUUGGCAAUGAUAACAUCAUUACUAUAAAUUCCAUUUCCAGAUGGCUGGGCACACAGCUGACACAGCCGACCAACGGUCUCUGUGGAAGAGUAGCAAAUGGAAACAAGUCGUCAGCACCUAGGAGAAAAGGGGGUUUUCCCUCCCUGCCCUGAAAGUUGGCAGAACACUGGCAGAGAGCAAGGUUCUGUAUCAGGGAUCUGACAUAUAGGGCUGGUGUGAUGCCUGAGUCUGGGGAGAGGCAGGGAAGAAAGGGCCACUUGGGUGGAAGAGGGCAAGGAGUCACUCCAGGCUUGGUAAGGGUAGAUUACUGCAGAGCUUAGGGCCUGAGUGAGAAAUGAAAUUGGAGAAAUGAGGGGAAGGUUAGAGGCAGCUCUUCCACCACUCCUGUGGAGACAACCAGCCUGAAGGUGUGUCUGUGUUGGGGUUCGAGGAAGGGCCUUUCCAUUUGUCUGCUUAGGCUCCCUCAUAGCAUGGCAGUUGGAUUCCAAGAAGGAGCAUUCCCAAAGAGGUGACAGCAAAAGCUAGAUUUCUUAAGGCCUUGCCUCAGAAGUGACACAAUAUCACUUGUUCCACAUUUUAUUGAUGUAAACAAGUCACAGGUCCAGCCCACUUUCAAAGGGAGAGUAGAGAUUACACCUCUCAAUGGGAGGAAUAGCAAGACAUCUCUGGCCAUAUAUACCAACAAUUGGUAUGAAAAUAGAGGCAGACAUUUCUAUUCCUUUUGCUUUAAAAAAAAACCCAUCCUUUUAUCCACACACCAUACAGUCCAGCCAACGUGUAUAAUCAGUGACUCUCGGCAUAAUCACAGAGUUGUGCUUUCAUCACCCCAAUCAAUUUUGGAAGCCACUGAAGCCAGAAGCUGAAAGCAAUGAAACUUUGGGAGAGAAGGACCA